AUGGCCUCGACCACCCAGUCCAGCUCACUGCUCUCUCUGCUUUAUCUGGCCCUGCUGACAUUUGUGGGCAGUGCUGUGCUCCUGGCUGAGAUUCACCAACACAGCCUGCAGAGCUAUAAUGUCCAUGUUUUUCUGGCGGUGCUCAUGAUCUCUUCCUGCAUCUGGAUGCUUUGGUUCGGCUGGCGCUCUGCUGGCAACAGGCAACUGAAAAUGCAUCAGGACCACCAUGCUGGAGCAAGCUGGCUCAAAGGUGGUCUGUCUCUCUUUGCGCUAGCCACACUGGUGCUGGAUUGCCUCUCCUUGGGAUACUACUAUGAGCUGCAACACUGUGCCUCCAUGCUAAUCACCACAUUCCCUAUUGUGCAAGCCAUUUUCACCAUCGUUCAGGUCUCAUUGCUAUUGUUUAAUGCUAAGGUUUGCAUCCAGGAACACCAGCAUCUAAAUAGAUUUGGGCUGAUGCACACAUUAGCCACCAACGUCCUGCUGUGGAUGAGUGUGGUGCUGGAUGAGUCUAUGAAGCAGCUAGAAGAAUUUUAUGAUGCUCAUGCAGGACAGAGUUCCCCAUCUUCACAUGGUGACCCCCACACUAACAGCUGUGUCUGUGCCACCAGUCUUUGUCACAUCUUUUCAGAAGGUGCUGCAUACCUGCAUCCAUUCAAUAUUGAGUUCAGCCUCUUUUCUUCUACAAUGUUGUACAUCAUCUGGAAGAACACUGGACGGGAAGCCCAUCAACAGAAGCCCUCACUCACUCAGAGGGCACACUUCCAUCUCAGUGGAGCUUUUGUUGGCCUCGUGCUAGGGGCCUUGGCCAUUUCAGCAACCUUUGGCGUGAUGAUCUCUUUUGGAGUGCUUGCUAAGUCUCCCAAAACUAUCCCAGAAGCUCUUCGGACAUACUACAUCUUCAAUUCUGUGUUGUUAUCUGCAAUGUUCUUGGCAACUUUGAUAGGCAUCAUCACCUACAGGGUGAAAAAAAAGGCUACAGCACCCUCUUCUGAUAAGAGUGUGGUAAGAAACUUAGACGUAACUUUGCUUCUGGGCAGCUCCUGCGGUCCCCUCAUGGUAUCCAUUUUCUCUUUGGUUGCCAUCUUCUUCCUUCAUGCCAAUGGCAGCCUCCAUCUCCUGGACUUUUGCUUCUCUCUUUGCAAGACCAUCCAGAUCCUGGGGCAGAAUCUCUUCAUUACUGAAGCUUUGUAUUCUAGCCUCUCUCAUGAGCCAGAUGCCCAAGACAAUAGUGAGGCUGAUGGUACCAGCUGGGUUUUUUCCAUUUCUAGAGGUCACAUGGAGCAGUACAGCAACGGACCUUUCUCCAAAACCAACACACUGACCAACAUCAUGGCCAAUUUGGAGCAUCAGUCACCACAGCACUUGACAGACUAUGGUACUGACCCAUCCCUCUUCCAGAUCUCACACAUGCAGCGUCAGUCAAAGAGACCAAGCAUUAGGAGGAAGGUUCUACAGAACAUCUCUAUUCUCCUUAUCUUCUACAAUAUCUCGGUGUGGAUCCUUUAUGCCUAUGGGACCCGCCCACACCUGGUGAGCCAAAUUGAGCAGUCUUUCUAUGGUUUCACACUCUGGGCCAUUGUGGUCAAGAUCUCCCUGCCAUUGGGCAUCUUCUACCGCAUGCACUCCGUGGCCAGUCUCUUUGAAGUCUACUGCAAGACCUGUGGAGCACCAGCCUUGAGGCAGCUUCACGGGGAGGAGAGCACACGUGGAUAUGCAAGGAAUGCCCAAAGGAGCUGUUCUUUAUAA